UAAUCGCCGCAGAAUCGUUUGAUCUGUGUUCUUCAAUGCUCGCCUCUCGCACCCGGGCAGCGAUGAGUGAUUCGAGGACAGUGGAGGUGGAGGGUGAUCCUUGUGAGCCGGCGGGUGUCUGCGAGGAAAGCUCCCUCAUUACGACGGAUUCGUUCGAAGAAUUUUCCCAGGAGAUAAACAGUCUUCCGGCGGCGCAAGAUGGAUCUCCCACCGGACAGGAAGAACUUGGUGAGGGUGCACCACUGGCUGAUGCAAGCAGCACCAGCCCGGACAUUGAUAGCAACAUUAACCAAAUACAACAUGCCGAUCCGCCCGACGGCACCAUGAGCAAAUCAAGUUCCUUCAGCAGCGCCAAAAGCCGCGAAUUCGAUGCAUCCACCACCAGCCUUGCCGAACCGGAGACGGUCGCACCGGGAACGACUGCCAUUGAGCAGGAACUAGAGAGCGGCGACUACCUACACGAUGCCUCAUUUCUUAACCGGAAGCGCCACGUGUUCAUCCUGAGCAUGGCCGGGAAACCAAUUUACUCGAUGCACGGCAACGAAGACAAAUUGGCUACGCUGUUCGGGGUGAUGCAGGCCCUGGUCAGUUUCGUGCAGAGCGGUAACGAUACGAUUAAGUCGAUCCAUGCGGCGGGCGUAAAGUUUGUGUUUCUCGUCAAAUCACCCCUCAUUCUGGUGGCCGUUUCGCGGACUUCUCACAGCGUGCAACAGAUUCAGCUCCAACUGACCGACGUCUACAACCAGAUUCUCUCGACGCUGACGCUGAGUCACAUGAUCAAAACGUUCGAGAAGCGGAAAAACUUUGACCUCCGCCGAUUGCUGGCGGGCAGCGAGAGGCUUAUCGAUCACCUGCUGGUCAGCGACAAGUGCGAUCACAAGCUAGUGUCGAACAAUCCGUUCAGCUUUAUGACGCACUCGGUGCGCAUUCUGCCGCUUCAACCGUCGGUACGCGAAACGAUCGUGUCCGCCAUUCAGAGCAAUUGCGCGAAGAUCCGCAACCUCGUGUUCGCGGUGCUGAUCGCAAACAACAAGCUGAUCGCGCUCGUGCGCAUGAAGAAGUAUUUUAUCCAUCCCGCCGACUUGCGCUUGAUCUUCAAUCUGAUCGAGUGCUCCGAAAGCUUCAAGGCCGCCGAAAGCUGGACGCCUCUGUGUCUGCCAAAGUUCGAUUCGAGUGGAUUUCUGCACGCACACGUUUCGUACCUGGCCGAGGAUUGCCAGGCUUGCCUGCUGCUGUUGUCGAUCGAACGUGACGUUUUCUACACACUUUCCGAGGCAAAACGCAAAAUAACUGAGAAACUACGACGAAGCAAUUGCUUGGAGGCUAUCAACGAUGCGAUCAACAAUAAGGGCAUCAAGCUACUCAACAUUGGCAUUCCGGAGAUUAGACACUUCCUAUAUAAGAGCAAAUCGAACGCGCAGCUGCUCUGCUCCGAGUUGACGGUACCGUACGCAAGCAAUGCACAGUUUAAGCGGCUCGAAGGCAUGUAUUUUGCGCUGCACCACCGCAUCCACAACUCUGGCCGUCCCGUGAAGCUGAUCUAUCAGAUGAAGGAAAAGGAGGUGCUGCUGGCAUGGGUAACGCAGGCGUACGAGUUGUUUGUCACGUUUGAGCCGACGGUCGAAAAGAACGAAGUGAUCAGUCUCGUCAACAGACUGCUGAAGUGGAUCAAGAAGGAGGAGAACAGUCUCUUCAUCCUGUCUGCGCCGACAUUCUAGGAGUCGCUCUCUCUGUCGCCGCUGUUGCAGUACUUUUCCUUCAACACUGCUCACAGCUGGCCGACAGAGAUGGGUAACUCGUGAAAAUGACACGCUAAAUCCUAACACGGGUAGCUAAGGUUAAACAUUUGCCCACUUGUGGCGACAAAAACAAACAGUUAGACCAAUAUAUAGCUAAAUGUGCGAAAGUUGUGUUUGCGAACGUGCCGAAUGGAACCCCAGCAUUGGUGUGAAGUUAAUAUGUUGUACAUACUUAUUUAUGCUCCCAAUAUCGUUUGUAUUUGAUAACCCGCACUUGGCUAUCGUUUCCGCUUGGGGACAGUCGAAAAGAUCGACAAGUGUCUAGUUUUGUAGUUUCUUUGUUAACGUGUCCAACAAACUCAUUGCCCGAACCUGUCCCAGAAAAACCACACCGUGCGGGCGUACAUGAUACCAAAACGAAGUGAAAAGAUGCAACAAUGCAAUCAAAGAAAGGACAGAAACACAUCGUAGAUAAUAUAAAAGACAUAAAACAAAUCUCUGCAAGAGAAUUCGUUGCAAUACUAAAAACCUGAACGCCUGAAACAAAAAGUGAA